ACAAACAUAAUACAAGUACGAAGAAAAAAAGAAAGAGGAAAGCAAAAUCAAAAUCAGAAUGAGAAUGAGAAUUGAGAAUGAAAACGUAGAGGAAAAGCAGGGCAUGGCACGGUAGACUGGAUGCCGCCUACGUCAUCGACAAGCGCCAUAAAUAAUGCCAUGCUCCGACAAACGACACAUGGCCAAAGAGAUUGAUGGGCAGUGCAAAGAGAGCAUGGAAGAGAACAUCCAUGUGGUAAAGUACAUAUAGAAAAAGACUUGUGCUGAGUUAUCGCCGUGUAGUCGGCUAGUUUGGUGAGCAGCAAAUAGUUAGACCGGGCGGUCAGUGUGCGUGCUAAGCGCUCCAAGACUGGAUGCUGCGGUCGCGUGGAGCAACAGCUGAAAAUAAAAUAUAAAAUCAGAAUUAUAUACAUUUUUGUCGAAUUUUACGUAAUUUUAUAGUGUUAGUGCGUGUGUGUCUCGGUGCCUGUGUUUGUAUAGCUAAAAAAAAGAAGAAAAUUCAACAACGAAAUGGCCGCUGCAUUUAGAAAAUUCAAUUAGUUUGAGUGCUAGCAUUAUAUUUUUUUUGGAAAAAUGCAUUUGUAUCCAGUUUACAUUUACGUGCUGUUAUUUUUAAAGCAUGCCCUCGCUACGCAAAUCACAGUCGGUGCCAUUUUCUAUGAAAAUGAAAAGGAAAUCGAAUUAAGUUUCGACCAAGCUCUGCGAGAGGUGAACAAUUUGAAAUUCUUUGGUCUACAGUUCAUAUCCAUCAAGCGCUAUAUGCCAACCAAUGAUAGUUUUCUCCUCCAACAAAUUACUUGCGAACUGCUUUCCAAUGCCGUUGCGGCUAUUUUCGGACCAAGUUCAAAGGCAUCUAGUGAUAUUGUGGCGCAAUUAGCCAACAUGACGGGCAUUCCACACAUUGAAUUUGAUUGGAAAUUGGAGGCUGAGCGUCAGGAUCAUUUAAACCAUCAGAUGACCGUCAAUGUGGCGCCCUCAUUGUCAGUGUUAUCGCGUGCCUAUCAUGAAAUUAUUAAAACAAACUAUGAGUGGCGAACAUUUACUAUGAUCUACGAAACUCCAGAUGGACUUGCUCGCUUGCAGGAUCUCAUGAAUAUCUACGCUCUAAAUAGCCAAUUUGUUAAGCUGCGCAAUUUAGCAGACUACGCUGGGGAUUAUCGCAUUCUUUGGAAGGAUGCCGACGAAACCUUUCACGAACAUCACAUAAUUAUGGACUGCGAUCCAAAGUCAUUAAAGGAAUUGCUAAAGGUCUCUGUAGACUUUAAAAUGCAAGGACCAUUUCGAAACUGGUUUCUUACCCAUCUGGAUACACACAGUUCGGGCUUGAAGGACAUAUACAAUGAGGACUUUAAGGCAAACAUAACAUCAGUACGUCUGAAAAUUGUGGAUUCCAAUCCAUAUGAACGCAAGAAGACGCGAUUUAGUCAAGUGGAUCAAAUUCUGGGCAGUCAAAUGAUGCUGCCCAUACUGAUUUACGAUGCAGUUGUGCUGUUUACCAACUCUAUACGCAAUGUGAUUAAUUCGGCACAACAGUUUUAUCCCCCUGUCAGCGAUUGUUCAGCACGCUUUAGCAACGCCUGGAUAAUGGGUAGCUCCAUAAUGGCUGAAAUGAAAUCCAUAUCGGAAGAUGAUGUGGAGCCAAGUUUCAAGACGGAGAAUAUGAAACUGAAUGAGUUUGGGCAACGCACAAGCUUCAAUCUGGAAAUCUACAAACCGACAGUAAAUGAACCUCUUAUGAUUUGGACACCAGAUAAUGGCAUCAAGGUGCGAAAAGUAAAUCCCGAAUUGGAAACAUCAGCCACAGCAACCGAUUUCUCAGUGCAGCGUAAAGUUUACACAGUUGUGACACAUUUUGAAGAGCCAUACUUUAUGAUGAAAGAAGAUCACGAGAAUUUCAGGGGCCAAGAAAAAUAUGAGGGAUAUGCUGUGGAUCUGAUUGGCAAACUAUCUGAGCUCAUGGAUUUUGAUUAUGAAUUUAUGAUUGUGAAUGGCAAUGGUAAAUACAAUCCAGAAACUAGGGAAUGGGAUGGCAUCAUACGCAAGCUGAUUGAUCACCACGCUCAGAUUGGAGUCUGUGACUUGACGAUAACUCAGCUGCGAAGAUCGUUUGUGGAUUUCACAGUGCCUUUUAUGCAGCUCGGUAUUAGCAUACUGCACUAUAAAAAACCGCCCGAAGAAAAGAAUAAGUUUGCAUUCUUGGAACCCUUCGCCUCUGAGGUCUGGAUCUAUAUGAUAUUCGCACAGUUGAUAAUGACGUUGGCCUUUGUUUUAAUUGCCAGACUCUCCUAUCGCGAGUGGAUGCCACCGAAUCCUGCAAUUGUAGAUCCCGAUGAGUUGGAGAACAUCUGGAAUGUGAACAACAGUUGCUGGCUAAUGGUUGGUUCCAUUAUGCAACAGGGUUGCGAUAUAUUGCCCAGAGGUCCACAUAUGCGCAUUCUCACCGGCAUGUGGUGGUUCUUUGCCCUAAUGAUGCUCAGUACUUACACUGCCAAUUUGGCCGCCUUCUUGACCAGCAAUAAAUAUCAGAGCACCAUCAAUAGUUUGGGCGAUCUAAUCGAGCAGGAUGAAGUAAGUUUUGGCAGCAUGAGCGGAGGCAGCACCUCGUUGUUUUUCUCAGAAUCGAAUGACACCGAUUAUCAACGUGCCUGGAAUCAAAUGAAGGGCUUCAAUCCUUCGGCUUUUACGAGCAAUAAUAAGGAGGGCGUGAAGCGCGUGCUCAAUGAGAAGGGAGAUUAUGCUUUCCUUAUGGAAACCACUAGCUUGACUUAUAACAUUGAAAGGAACUGUGAGCUGCGACAGAUUGGCGGACAAAUUGGAGAAAAGCAUUAUGGACUGGCUGUGCCCUUAGGUGCUGACUAUCGCACAAAUUUGAGUGUUUCGAUCCUACAGCUGAGUGAAAAGGGAGAGCUUUAUAAGCUGAAGAACAAGUGGUGGAAGAAUCAUAAUGUAACCUGUCAAACACCCCACGAAGUCGAUGGCGACGAGUUGUCCAUCAUAGAGUUGGGUGGUGUGUUUUUGGUACUUGCCGGUGGAGUGGUGUUUGGAGUCAUCUUGGGCAUCUUUGAGUUUCUGUGGAACGUUCAGAAUGUGGCUGUUGAGGAGCGUGUUACACCCUGGCAGGCGCUAAAAGCAGAGUUGUUGUUUGCCAUAAUGUUUUGGGUUAGAAAGAAACCCAUGCGCAUAUCGAGCAACAGCAGCAGCAGCGGCGGUGAUAAAUCCUCUAGAAGAUCCUCGGCAUCGAGUCGGCAUCGCAGUUCAAAGGAGAAAUCGCGUAGCAAAACAGCCAGUUAGAAAAUAUGUAAUUUAGGCAACGAAUUGGUUAAUAAUUUAAUAAAUAUU